AAUAAAACAAAAUGAAUUUAGAUCCGAGGGAUUUUGUGCCGGAUUGCGCGAGUAUUCGAUAUGGUUCUACGAAAAACGAAAAAUCAUCAACAACCAAAUACGUUUAUUUUACAACCCUCUGCAUCUCUGCGGUAAUAUGUAUAUGGGGAAUCUACUAUUGGAGCACCAUUCGAAAUAUGCCGAAAUUCGAAUACACCGACAUCAAAAUCAUCGAGCCAGUUAGAGAUUACUACGCGGAAAUCGAACAAUUGAAGCAAAAAAUAGACUCGCACGACGAAAUGUUGCGCAAAUACCACGAGGAAUUGUACAAGGAAAUUUACAAUUCACUCGAAUCGGCCUUUCACAAACAACUCCACGAAAUUACCAAUUCGCACGAGAGCGAUUCCGACAAAAUUGGAUUAUUUGAUUACGCAGCGCAAAAUGCCGGGGGCUCCGUCCACUCCACUCCGGACACCAUUCCUUACCCCACGAACAAAAGCGUAACGCUAUUCGGGCUCUUCAGCAUCAACAUCGUGUCGAAUCCGGAAAAUCUGCUGCAGCCCGACAAUUUUCCGGGCAAUUGCUUCGCUUUCGUCGGUCGCACGGGAACCGUUCGCGUGAAGCUAGGCAAGAGAAUUGUCGUGCGAGCCGUCGGCAUCGAUCACAUUCGAUUUUACGGAGACAGAAGCAGCGCUCCGAAGGACUUCGGCGUCUACGGGAUGAGUAACGACGAUGGUGAGGAAUCCGGAAAGCUAUUGGGAAAAUUCAGUUACGAUAUCAAUGGUCGUUCGGUCCAGACGUUUCGGAUAAACAACGAUUUGAGCUUCGAAUAUGUGGAGCUGCGCGUUCUGUCCAACCACGGUAAAAGGGAAUUUACGUGCGUUUACAGGUUCAGAGUACACGACGCGUUCCUAUAAAUAUAAAGU